AUGGCAUGGGGGCAUGCCAGGCUGCUGCAGGAACGCUACCCCGCCCAACUUCCGGCAGCGACAGUGCGACGCGCCAUGAAAGAAGGGACCUGGGACGUGUGGCAGAUUACACGCGAGACCGUGCGGAUCUGGGGCGAAGUGGAUCUGCUGGUAGCGGGAUGGGAGUGCCAAGGCACUUCACGGGCCGGCAAGGGGAGAGGAAUGCAAGACAGCAGGACCACAUUACUAGACAAACUGCUGGAGAUCAUGCAGUGGAUGAGAGAAGAAGGGAAGGAGUAUGCGUAUGUGCUGGAGCAUGUGGACAUGACUGGGGACAUGAGGGAGCCUGUGCGGGCAGUAAGAGAGAAGGUGGAAGGGUGCCUAGGAAGGGGGGUCAGUUGGGACGGUGCGCAGAUGGGGGCGCGGUGCCACAGGUCCAGGAUGUACUGGCAGAAUGUGCUGCCGGAACGAGAAUUGAGGGCGAGGGCAGCAAGAGUGGUUAGGGACGACAGCAGAAGGGUGGAAGAAAUACUGGAGCUCGGGCGAGUGGCAGCACCGGUGGUAAAGCCCGAUCACCCCAGACAGCACCAAUGCAACCAUGUGGGAGAGCCCCGGCGCGCCCUGCCCACACUAGUAGCGUAUCGAGGGGCAAGGGGAUUCGUGGAGACGGAGGGAGGUCCAGGGCCCAGAAUGAUCUAUGAUCCCCGCAGGAAGAAGUUGGAGGAUCCCACUGCGCUGGAGCAAGAGCUAGCCAUGGGUUAUGCAGCCAGAGCGACAGCAACAGCCGGGGUGGAUGAGCAGGCCAGGAGGGUAGCGCUGAGGAGAGCCAUGGACCAGCACUCACUGCAGUGGCUGAUCAAGGAGAUGGCGAAGGGAGUCAGGGUGGAGCCGGUGGUAAGGAGGCAGCCAGCGUAUGUGGCACAAGGGACCAAAGGGGGGGUCGCCAUGGCUGGGGGCAAGGAAGGGAUGAGACAGGAAAAGGAAUGGGAGUUAGCAGAUGACCUCGCAUCGAAGGUUUCCAAAAGCAUAAGGAAGCUGCUGGCAGAGCAUCGCAACACCUUUGCCUACAGCCUGAAGGAGCUUGGUAGAUACAAGGGAGGAGAACUAGAGAUCAACUUGACCUCAGCAAUCCCUACCUACCAGCGGAAGAGGCAGAUGAGUGCGCAAUAUAUCAGCAUCUGCAAGGAGAAGUGUGCAAAGCUGCUAGCGGCGGGACUCAUCCGCCCCUCCGAGUCCAGCUAUGCGGCAGCCACAGUGGUGGCGGCCAAGACCGACCUCACAUGCGAAGUCCUAUCCAGGCGGAUGUGCGGUGAUUACCGCGCUUUGAACAAAAUCAUAGAGCCUGAUCUCUACCCCAUGCCACAGGAAGAGGACAUCUUCGACAGACUGGAAGGAGCGAUCAUCUUCACAAUGCUAGAUCUCAGGCAGGGCUUAAACCAGAUCAAGAUAAGGGAGGAAGAUAGGAGGAAAACUGCAUUUCAUGGCGCGGAUGGGCUGUAUGAGUGGGUUACAAUGCCGUUUGGCCUGCGCAAUGCAUCUGCAGUGUUCCAACAGGUUAUGGACCAGGUGCUGAAAGGGGUGCCAGCAGCAGCCUGCUACAUUGAUGAUGUGCUCAUCUAUAGCAGCAGUGACGAGCAGCAUGAACACAACCUGAGAAUGGCGCUGGAGGCCAUAGCAGCAGCCGGGCUUACUUGCCAUCCAGAAAAAUGCAGGAUAGCGUGCAGGUCGGUGGCCUACCUUGGGUUUGAACCGUCGCGUGGACGUUUUGAAUCAACUGCUGCGGGAAGGGAAGAGCUGGCAGUGGGGGCAAGAAGAAGAAGCAGCACGGCAGGACCUGCUAGAAGCUGUGAAGACUGGGACGCUGCUGCAGAUCCCAAGAGAUGA